AGCGAUGUGGCAUAUCCCUUUAACGCCGUGACAAUGGGUGGACUGGUGCAGACGAAAAUGGUGGAGAUGGGUUUAAAUUGUUUAAAAUAAAAAAUAAUCUUUAAGCACAAGACAUUUAGAGCGCCCCUGUAUUUGUUUCCUAAAAGAAUGAGAACCACUAUGUGUAAUCUAGAUGGGACUGCACUGAAAGAUCCAUCCACUUGCAAACCCACGAAAUCCUGAAUGUUCUGUUUUAAUGUUAAAAUAGCAUCCCAGGGGGCCUGAGCCUGUUCCGGCACCACUGAGUGUGAGACAGAAAACAAGCCUGGAUGGUCCUUCCCACCAUGCUGAUGAUGGAGCAAUCAUCCUCCAGCUGUAGUAGCACCAGUCAUUGCCAAACUACUCAACAUAAUAAAUGUGCCAAGGACCGAGGGCAGGCAAGCAGCAGCAGCAGUGGUGCAUUGAUACAUGUGGAAUUCCCUGAGGUGCCAGUGGCUUUGCUGGAUUGUCUAAAUCAGCAGAGACUAGAGGGUAAACUCUGUGACCUUUCUAUCCAUGUGCAGGGCCAAGUGUUCAGAGCUCAUAAAUGUGUCCUGGCAGCAUCCUCACCAUACUUCCAUGACCAGGUUCUUCUGAAGAAUGUGAGCUCUGUGGUCCUGCCAUCAGUGAUGGAUCCAUUUGCCUUUGAGAGUGUAUUAGGUUCUGCUUACACUGGAAAGCUGACUAUGCUGACGGAUGAAAUUGUGAACUACUUGACUGUAGGCAGCGUGCUGCAGAUGUGGCAUGUUGUUGACAAGUGCUCAGAAUUGCUACGGGAAAGCCGGACAGUGGGGAGUGGUGCAAACAGCCAGAGUUCACACAGCAGUAGCACAGGCAGCGUAGACUCCUCUGGUAAUAGCCAUACCAGCAACCGACUUGGCCACUGCUCUAGCAGAGCCAGUGAAAAUCAGUCUCCGAGCAGUACCAAUUACUUUAGCCCCAGGGAGGCAGGCUCAAGUGGUUCUACCAAUGCAGGGAAUGGUGUCACCACUGGUGGCUGUAUGUCUGAUGGAACAGCAGCAAGUGGAGGAACUGCAACUGUAUCCUUGGAUCGUGAUUCAGGACGCUACGCACGUCCUGGAGAAGAAAAUUUCCUCGAUGAAGAAGAGAUAAUCUAUCAACCUGUCAGCUCUAGAAAGAAAUCGGGACGUAUAAUGCGGCGCCGAAAGAUGGAAGUGGAGGGACAAAGAGAACGGGAGGAAACAGACUUGAGUCUGGGGGAUGAAAAUGAUAUGGAGGACACGGUUAGUGAUAGUGGCAGCUGUUCAUUCAACGCUAGCACAGGACUAAAACGACCUGCAUACAUUCAACCAAGUAUCAUGCCUCGGAAGCAAUGGGUCUUGGUAAAGAAAGAACGACCCCCCUUAGAGGACCUGCUUUUAACUUGUGAGGACGAUGAAGACCCUGUGGAGAUUCGGAAUGGUGCUGGAUCAGGGCCGGCAUUCAAUUUUGAAGCUGAAAGGGAACGUACUUUAAGUAUUUCAAAUGUGAGGACCCUAUCUGGGAUUGAUAUUCAGGAUCCACCCAAACCAACGUCAGGAAUGCAACAUAGAACUACUAUGAUGGAUGAACAGGUAAACUUCUGUGAGUCUUCAGAGGAUUAUAUUCAAUUUGAGAGUGGAACAGGUAUGACUGGAGGUACAGCUUCAGGAAGCAACAGCAUGGAGGAUUUGAGCCAUCAUUUAGGAGGAGUUGGUGAAACCAAUAGUGAAACUGGUUCUGGCAGGAGCACAGGCCCUGGUAUACAACUAAAUUCACAGCGAUCCUUGCUGCCAAUUGACAUGCAGGGUAAUCAGAUUGUUGUGUACCAUCAUGCACAGCUUGCUGUUAGCUCUGCAGUAGCAGGACUGCAACUUGUAGGUGCAUCUUCCUCAGCCACGUCAUCUUCUUCUGGGGGCAGCAGUGGAGUACAAAGUGUAAACUCUGAGCAUGGUGCAGUUCAAAUCUCCCCACAUGCUUCAGACAGUGGCAAGAUUUUCAUGUGCCACUGCGGCAAGACUUUCACUCACAGAAGCAUGCGAGACAGGCAUGUAAACAUGCAUCUGAAUUUGCGUCCAUUUGACUGUCCUGUUUGCAGUAAAAAGUUCAAGAUGAAGCAUCACCUAACUGAACACAUGAAGACGCACACUGGUCUUAAGCCAUACAACUGUGAUCUUUGUGGGAAAAAGUUCAUGUGGCGGGACAGUUUCAUGAGGCACAAGGCACACUGUGAACGCCGCAACAGCCUAGGUGUGGGUGUGACCCUGGGGACGGCAGCUGGGCCUGGUGGUACUGUGCUGGUGGUGUCCCCCCAUAGUAGCAGUGGCAGUAACGUGACAUAAUGGCAACGAGGAUGGCAGGAUGCUGAAGGACAUGGAAAGUGAAAGAAAGAGGCCAAACUAAAAACCAGUACUCUUUAUAGCACCGUUGUAGAAUAAAAAGAACAUGGUUGUACUUUAAAAAAAAAAAAAAAAAGGAGAAGAUGACAAGUGUUUACAAUUAAAAAAUGGAAAAAGUGCUGAAUUGAGAACAGUGGAACUUAGGAACGCAGGAGUGGUCAUGUGAAAAUUGACAGACCAGUUGACUUUUGCACAUCCUUGCCUUUGUAAAUAAUGUGUACAUUUCCUGUAAAUAUAUUGUAAAUAUCUAACUCCUAAAAGUAGUCUGAUCAGUAUCCGGUAGAAAAAUAAUACAGAGACCUCACAUAUCAUUCAGUGAUAUUUUAAUUGUUGGGUUGAUUAGAUUUUGGGUUUUGGCUGCUGAGAUCACCAAAAUCCUAAAAAAAAAAAAAAAAGUUGCCUACAUUUAGUAGGGCUGGGUGAUAUGACUAAUACAAUCAUCCAUCCAUUUUUAACACUCUCGUCCAACUCAAAGUUCUGCGAAGCUGGAGCCUAAUCAGGCAGCAGUGACUACCAGGUAUGAAGCCAUCCCUUAUGGAAUGGCAGUCCAUUACAUUAAUGAUAAUUAACCCAAAACUAUUUUGCACAAUAUGGAUUUGAAUGCUUUAGUGAGUAUUUCAGUAAACAUCUGCAUGAUAGGCAUUCUUCAUUUUUGGCUUCAGAGCCUAAUGUGAAUCUACUUACAGAAUAUCAGUGGAUAUGAAAUGUAGAUGCCCUGUGUCUAUCAUCUCUGAUCUGAAGGAUUAGCAAUCAAAUUCAAGGACACUAUUCAUUUCAAAGCUCUGUUUUAAACUAAGUCGUAUGCACAAUCACUUGUAAUUGAAGAUAUCAAAAAUUAAGCUGCUUAAAGUUUAGCACUUUUUGCAAAGACACAAAACCUUUAUUCCUCAAAAGUGGUUUGGAGAAAUUGUCUUUCUGCAGUAAACAGACAUUUACAAGUGCAGGUGCAUUAUUUGCAUUGAACAUUUAUCAGCUAAUGACAUCAAAGGUGGACACUAAAUACUGUAAAUAUCUGCUUUGGAAGCUGCAUACUUAGGACUAAAGUGCAAUAGAGCGUCUAAUUCUUAGCAGGAAUGCAUGAUGCAGCGCGCCAGGCUGUCUGUAAUAGUUUAAUGCGAGCUGUGUUCAAAUUAAUAAACUUAGUAUUACUGUAUACUUGACCAUCUAAUCAAUGGAUUUCAUUUGUUUUCAUUGGCGCUAUACUUUAUGUUUUCUUAAAUAUCCAAACAUGUUAUUUCCUUCUUUAAUUUGUCAAUUACUUAGUGCUUCCCGAGUACCCAAACCAAAGAGAACUUUGAAAAAACAAUUAACAAUUUUCACAAUGAGAUAAACUCAAGGGCUCCAAACGUUAAUCUUUUCUUGUAAGGAAUUAUCAGAAAUGAGCAUGGGGCGGUUUUGAAGGAUGCGUAACAUAAACGUGACCCAGGUCUUUCAAAAUUAAAAGGGCAAAAUUUUGAAAAUUUUACCAGCAAUUGAUAAUGGUUGUGUUUGAGAAAUGAAAUUCAUGGAGGGAUGGGGUACUCUGAUCCCAUUAUUGUGCACACAGAGUAAACAGAAUACCAAGAAAAUCAUUUCUUAUUUGUAAUGUGGAAUAUCUAACCACACAAUAUCACUUAAUGUAGUUAUUAGUUAAGAAAUACAUGAAUAUCUCUAAAAUAACCUUUUGGAAUAAAGAGGGAAAAUACACCUGUCAAGAGGCAGUCUACUGGUGAUUCUUAUAGUUAAAUAAUGUGGCAAAAAGGUGUUUAUUAUUCCUGAGAUAAUCAAAUAAUCCAAACACAUCUGAAGAAAAUUAUCAGCGCUCAAGCUACAUUUAUUUGUAGGAGAGUGACAGCAUAAGCUCAUAAUUGGCAGCAACUGCAAAAAUGUUGCUUAUAUCCUAACAUGUGAAUUUUUCAUUUACACAGGUAAUUCCGUUUUGGUUGCAAAAAAUCAAUAACCAAGAUUAGACAAGAAUUGCCAAUUGGGGCCAAUUUGGAAUCAUCAGUCAAUCUAACCAGCAUGUCUUUGGUGGUUUUGAAGGUAAUCUGGAGUACCCAGACAAAAAAAAAAUAAAAAUAA